AUGCACUUCUCAGCCAGCGCAACCUUUGCCUUGGGCCUGUUGGCCUCUCAAGCCGCGGCGUUGAACAUCGUCAAGGUGCCAAAGUUCCGCGCCGCCGGACUCCCAACCUACACAACCACUCUCGCUGCCCCCACGACGACCCUUGCCACGAUCAUCUUGACGACCGCGUCACCGACCUCGUCAUCAACCUCGUCCACAGCGACAGUCGCACCCACUGCCUCUGCUAACUCGACUCUGAGCGCCGACCUGCAGCGUGCCCUCGACCUCCACAACAUCUACCGCGCGGCUGUUGGCAACGCCAACUUGACCUGGGAUGAUGAUUUGGCCAAGUCGGCUCAAGUCUGGGCCGAUCACUUGACGACUGUAGGCAGCCUGGUUCACGACAAGAACCCCGGCGGCCAGGGAGAGUGUUUGGCUUCGCAGUCGGGCGGCACCAACUCCUACUUCACCAACGGUGUUCAGCUGUGGUUGGAUGAGAAGCCUCUGUACGAUGGCCAGCCUAUUCGCACCACUGGAUCUCCCAACUACUUGAACUAUGGCCACUACACUCAAGCCAUCUGGAAGGAUACCAAGCAGGUCGGCUUGGCCAUGGCCACCAGCCCCUCCGGUACCACCUUUGUGGUCGCACGUUACUUGCCCGCUGGAAACAUGUAA